AUGGCGAGGCCUGGACACGGCAGGAACCGUCGGUCGUUGGAGAAAGAUGAGGAUGAGGAGGGCGAGGACCCGGUAGAUGCCAUGAUUUCGCGGACGGGCUGCGCGGCGCAACACUGGGAGCUGCAGGAGUGCAUGGCGGCGCAGCAGGACUGGCGACGCUGCCAGCCCCAGGUCCAGGCUUUCCGGGAGUGCAUGGCCCGGCGGCAGCGUGCCGAGGAACCGCACCACGUGUCCGGCUCACGCCAAGCCCACCCCUCACCCACUGGGGACUGA